GUCUUUUUUAUUGGCGAUUGGAACGACGUGAAAUCUGAUUAUAGUCAUGGGCUGUUUUCGCUGUAGAGGUCGUGAGAAGACGAAGAGAACGAUGCUACCCGCUGCGACCCCCAGUCGACGACGACCUAUUUAUUAUGGCGGAUCUGCCGGAAAGAGCGGCGCUGCCGACCGCGACGGCGGCAUGGCUGUUCUUGCUGGUGCAGGCGUUGCAGUAGCAGCCACUGCUGCUGUGGCCACGAUUAUUUACAGUACUGAUGGAGGCGCUUGCGGUGGUUCCGGCGGAGGAGCUUGUGGUGGUGGAGGAGGCUGCGGUGGUGGGUGCGGCGGCGGUUGUGGUGGCUGAAUUUUUCUGUUCGUUGCCGAAAUCGGCACGUGUGUUGUAUAC